GAGAGCAAGGGAGGGAGACAGACAGCACAAGACAUGUUCAAUACACCGAUCUUCAGCAUCUUCGACAUUGUGCUGGGUAGGAUAAAUUCAAGGGACAAUGCCUCAGGAGUGCUGGUUUGUGCUCCUCUUCAGCCUUGUUAUGGAUACAUCUGCCUGAGAGCGGAUUGUGCGCGGAAGUCUGAAAGUUCUAGGGGAUGCGAGCACUUGCAGAAGACGUGCUAAGCAGAGCAUUGCACGGUGGGAUUCUUCAAGAUUUGAGCGCAGCUGUCUUUAGCCACUAAAGAGAGAACAUUGCGAAUGGGAGAGCUGCCUCCAUUUCUCUCUCUCUUUUUUUUCCAAUCAAACAGAGACAAGCAGCAUCCUUUAGUCCUGAGGUUGAAAACGGGAGACAUCCAUAGGAAACAUAACAGAGCAGAAAAGGACGGGAAUUAUAAAAGAGGGGAGUAAUCAAGGGAAUCUAAAGCAAGAACAUUUAAAAAAAAAGAAAAAAAGAAAAAAAGAAAAUUGUUGAUAUCAGAUUACAUCUCUGGCUGUUGUGUUUGUUUGUUUUUUGUUUUUUUGUUGGAGGCUAAACUGAAAAGAUUUUGUUGUGCAUUGCUUUGCUUCAGCCAGUCUGUGGAGUGUAGGAUCACAAACAGCAUUUUAAGGACAUGGAUGUUGCAUCUUCUCCCUCCUGUUGGCUGACCAUGAUGAACUGUUCUGUUUUUAUGUGCCCUACUGAACUGCUGCCACAGUAAACUCUGGCCCUCCUGGUUACCUACAAUGCUCUGAUGCAUCUUAAAGGUGCAAGAUCAGCCUCUGAUCAGAUGCCAUAAGAUCCUGCGGUGACAAUUCUGCUGUUACAGCGGUCUUCACGUAACAACUGAGAAUUGAAAUAAAAAUCAUUCCACACAUUGCCAUUAGUGUUCAGAAGGCCUGGCAGAUUUAAAAGGCACACAUUGAGGAAAAGGCAUUUAGUGAAGACAGAGAGAGACAGAGAGAGAGAGAGAGAGAAAGAGAGAGAGAGAGAGAGAGAGAACAAGAUGGCCAAGGCGAAAAUUUCUUCUCCAUGUGAGCCAUGACAGUAUGGUGGACUGUUUGAGUCGAGUUAUGCUGCACACAGCCGUGUCUUGCUGGCAGCCUUUGCUGGGGCUGGCCUUAGUGGCCGUGUUCGUGGGCUCCAGUUUGGCCUGCCCCUCCCGCUGUGAGUGCUCCGCCCAGAGCCGCUCAGUCAUCUGCCACCGCAAGCGCUACACCGCCAUCCCAGAUGGAAUCCCCAUCGAGACACGAAUCCUCGAUCUCAGCAAGAAUCGCAUCCAGGCUGUCAACCCUGAUGACUUUGCUGCCUACCCACACAUAGAAGAACUGGACCUGAGUGGUAACAUCAUUUCCUACGUAGAGUCUGGGGCAUUCAACUCUCUCUACAGCCUCCAAUCACUGAGCUUAAAGAGCAACCGUAUCAAGCUCCUCUCGCUAGGCGUCUUCUCCGGCCUCACCAACCUGACCACACUGGAUAUCAGUAACAACAAAGUUGUCAUUCUGGUGGACUAUAUGUUCCAGGACCUGCGCAACCUCAGGUCACUGGAGGUUGGAGACAAUGAGCUGGUUUACAUCUCUCAUCGUGCUUUCAGUGGAUUAUUAUCACUGGAGAGCUUGACGCUGGAGCGCUGUAACUUGACGGUGGUGCCCACAGAUGCUCUAUCGCAUAUGCACAACCUGGUGAGUCUACACAUGCGCUACCUCAGUAUCAGCACGCUCCAUCCCUAUUCCUUCAAGAAGCUAUUUCACCUCCGUCACCUUGAGAUCGACAACUGGCCAUCGCUCAAUGUGUUCCCCACAAACUCCCUGCACGGCCUCAACCUAACCACACUUUCAGUGACCAAUACCAACCUUUCCACUUUCCCCUACCAGGCUCUUCGCCACCUGCCUUACCUCACACAUCUUAACCUCUCCUACAACUGCAUACGGACGGUGGAGGGUGGCUUGCUUCAGGAACUGGUGCGAUUGCGAGAGCUGAGGUUGGCUGGAGCUCAAUUGGUGUCCAUUGAACCCUAUGCUUUCCAGGGCAUCCGCUGGCUACGCUUGCUAAAUGUCUCCCACAACCGCCUUGAUACCCUGGAGAGGGGAGUGUUCCAUGCUCCUGAGGCCUUGGAGGUGCUGUUAAUUAAUGACAACCCUCUGGUGUGUGACUGCCGUCUCAUGUGGUUGCUGCAAAGGCGCCAUUCCAUUUCAUUUGGCAAUACCCAGCCCGAGUGCGGCACACCAGAGGGCAUCCAUGGACGCCCUUUCAAGGAGUUCAAAGAGACCCUGCUAUCCUACUAUGUGACCUGCACCAAGCCGAAGAUACGAGAAAAUCGAACACAGAUGGUGUCAGUCGAGGAGGGACAGUCAGCUCGGUUGUAUUGCAGUGCAGAGGGAACCCCGCGACCCACCAUUUCCUGGGUCACACCACGUCGGCGACACCUGACCAACAGGAGCCAUGGCAGGGUGACUGUCCACAACAACGGCUCUUUGGAUAUCAAGGCGGCUGAAGUUCAGGAUGAUGGUGUGUAUAUGUGCGUGGCCUCUAACACAGCAGGCAAUGACACACUUAUGGUAUCACUGGCAGUGAAAAGUCUGGGCUCGCUGUAUGCCAACAGGACCCAGCAUUACACAGAUACAAGCAAUGCCACUGCCAACGGAACCAGCCUUCCCAAUGUGACCUUUGGCCUGGACCUAAAGACUAUCUUAGUUUCUACAGCUAUGGGCUGUUUCACAUUCCUAGGAGUGGUUCUCUUCUGCUUUCUGCUCCUGUUUGUGUGGAGUCGAGGAAAAGGCAAACAUAAAAACAAUAUUGAUAUUGAGUAUGUGCCACGCUCAAAGUCCAAUGGGACCUCUGCUGAGGAGGCAGAACAAGGUGCUGGGCCACGGCGCUUUAACAUGAAAAUGAUUUAAGAAAUUUAAAGCUAUAUCAGUGGGAAUUUAUGCAGAUCUUUAAUUUAAAAAUGGGACCUGGAACAGGACUCCUUCAAAUCAAUGCCAGGAAACUUAACAGCCCCUAAGAUUCCAUCCAGGUUUUGGCUCAGCUUGGACUUCAGUGGAGUCACAAAGGGGAUAAUAUGUGUCAAUAUUGAAAAAAAAUUUAUUUGUAUGAAACCCUCUGGGUAAGAGGGGAUGUUCACCAACACUCCUCAAUUGUGUACAGAACAAAUUUGUAAAAGUAUUAUUUGCCGAGGCUCACAUAUGAUUUCUCACUGCAUCCAAAAGAUGAUCAGGAAUCUGUUCUCUCAUUCAUUCUACUGCAUAUAUGUACGUAAUGCCUAGUUAUGUAUGUGUAUGUUUACAUGUAUAAACACUUUCUUUUUUUGCAUUUACAAAAUGCACUGACCGCCAAAAUUCACAUUUCCCAUGAUUUGAAGGAAACAUGACCAAGCCAUCUUUUUGCUUCUCAAACUGUUUGAGGCUGGAGGACAAAGGGCUUUAGUGGGCAGGAAAUGUUAUCUGAAGAAUGUGUGUGCCGUUUGUCUACCCCAAGUAAUUCUCCUUAUCUGAAGAAUAUUAUAUUUGUUUAUAAUCUGGAAAAAAAGAAGAGAGAUUAUUAUAAAAAGGCCUUUAACUUCAAACUCAAUUAUACAAGGUGAACAUUGUUUAAACACAUGCAUUUUUCUAUGAUUUUGCUGUAAGUAUUAACAUUAACAAUUUCAAAAAUGCACUGUUUUGGUUGUGCUUUUGUCCAUUCUGUGACUUUAACCCCUUACCUGGAACAAAAUACAAAAUGUCUCCAUUUACAUUCAAGUCACAAUUAUUAUUAUUUUUAUUUUUAUUUUUUUCUUCCCUAGUAAGAAAAUCUGACUUUGUUGUGGUAGUUUCUCAUUUUGUUGUUGAAUCAUUUAGAUUGUAAACAGUUCAAAAGUAAAAAAAAAAAAAAAAAAAAAUACAUGUAUGUGGA